AUGGAUGAGAUUUCGUCUUCCACAAAUGUCACUCAAGAUGUUGGUUCAAUCUCCGAUGAAAAUAAAGAAUCGUGGCAACAUUUUGUCUUCCACGACCUUUCAUCAAUCAAGGAUUUCUACGCUAAAUACGGUCAUGAAAAGGGAUUUUCUUUGAGAAAAAAUUUGCACUCCUUCUAUGAUUCUCGUAACAAAAAAAUGGACAUUGUGCAAUAUGUCUGUUAUGUUUGUAACAAGCAUGGUUUCAAGUAUGGGAGUCGGGCGGAUCUUAAGAACAAGACAAACUCGGAUACUCCUGUUCUCAUUGAAUAUCAUAAAGAGAAAGAACUUCCCGAGGAAAGGACCGGUUGCCCAGCUAGUAUUUUGUUGAAGUAUGAUUCUAAUGUUAAAGGUUAUCACAUAUACAAAUGGAAUGUUACUCAUAACCACCCUCUCCAUAAACCCGAGCAUUCGCAUUACUUGAGAUCGGCUCGAGAGAUUAGUGAGCCUCAAAAAUAA